UGCAGUCGCAGCUUUUGAACGUCACAGGUCCACUCUUGUCUAAGCUGGAGUGGCAGACAUGAACGACACUCUGGAGUUCAGUGAGAUUUAUCAGGAGGUCAAGGGCACCUGGAACGAUGGGCGUCUUCGCUUCAGUAAGCAGACAGUGGUGUAUAAAAACAGUAAGACUGGGAAGGUGGACAGCAUUCCGGUGCCUGAGCUGACUCAAGCCCAGUGGAGGAGAGUGUGCCUGGGCCACGGCAUCAAGCUGUGCACCAGCACCGGUAACAUCUACAAAUAUGAUGGCUUCAAAGACACUGACUUUGAGAAGAUCUCAGAGUACUUCAAAGCCAACUACAAAGUGGAGCUGGUUGAGAAGGAUAUGUGUGUGAAGGGCUGGAAUUGGGGCACUGCUAAAUUUAAUGGGCCGCUGCUUUCAUUUGAGGUGAAUGAGAGUCCUGCGUUUGAGAUUCCGCUCAACAGUGUGUCCCAGUGUGCUACGGGAAAGAACGAGGUCACUGUGGAGUUUCAUCAGAAUGAUGACACAGAGGUAUCCCUGAUGGAGGUGCGCUUCUAUGUCCCACCCACCACAGGAGAGGAGGGUUCAGACCCUGUGGAGGCAUUUGCUCAGAACAUUCUGUCAAAGGCAGAUGUCAUCCAGGCUACAGGAGAUGCUGUGUGUAUCUUCAGAGAGUUGCAGUGCCUCACACCUAGGGGCAGGUAUGAUAUCCGCAUUUAUCCGACAUUCCUCCAUCUGCAUGGUAAGACAUUUGACUACAAGAUCCCAUACACCACAGUGCUCCGCCUUUUCCUGUUGCCUCAUAAGGAUCAGCGCCAAAUGUUCUUUGUGAUCAGUCUGGACCCGCCUAUUAAACAAGGUCAAACCCGCUAUCAUUUUCUCAUUCUUCUGUUUUCUAAGGAGGAGGAUAUCAGCCUUACUCUUAACAUGAAUGAGGAUGAGGUUGAGAGACGUUUUGAGGGGAAACUUCAUAAAAACAUGUCUGGCUCUCUCUAUGAGAUGGUCAGCAGAGUCAUGAAGGCCCUGGUCAACAGAAAGAUCACAGUGCCUGGAAAUUUCCAAGGUCACUCAGGUGCUCAGUGUAUAACAUGUUCAUACAAGGCCAGUUCAGGGCUGUUGUAUCCUCUGGAAAGAGGUUUCAUCUAUGUGCACAAGCCCCCAGUGCACCUGCGCUUCGAGGAGAUCGCCUGUGUGAACUUUGCUCGUGGAACCACCACCACCCGCUCCUUUGAUUUCGAGAUCGAGACCAAGCAGGGAAAUCAAUACACCUUCAGCAGCAUCGAGAGAGAGGAAUAUGGGAAACUCUUUGACUUUGUCAAUGCUAAGAAGUUAAGCAUCAAGAACAGGGGCUUCAAAGAGGGUAUGAAAGGUAAUGAUAACAUGUACAGUGACUCAGACGACGACCAGCAUGAUGCGUACCUGGAGCGCAUGAAAGAAGAGGGCAAGAUCCGCGAAGAGGGCAAUGACAGUGACGACUCAGAGGGCGAGAGUGAUGAGUCUUUUAAUCCUGGAGAAGAAGAUGAUGAAAUUGCAGAGGAGUAUGACAGUAAGGCCUCUGCCAGUGAAAGCAGCGCUGAUGACGGAGACAGUGAUGGUGAUCGGAAGAAGAAACCAGCCAAGAAAGCGAAAUUUGUAAAGGAAAGAAAACCACGGAAGAAAGAGAAAAAGGCAAAGGACAGCAGCGCCCCCAAGAGGCCAAUGAGUGCCUACAUGCUCUGGCUGAACUCAAGCAGAGACCGCAUUAAAUCAGAGAACCCGGGCAUCUCUAUCACAGAAAUCUCCAAAAAGGCUGGAGAGAUGUGGAAACAACUUGGCAAAGAGAAGAAAGAGGAGUGGGAUGCAAAAGCAGUGGAAGCAAAGAAAGAGUAUGAUAGAGCGAUGCGAGAGUACAAGGAGAGUGGAGGAGGCUCCUCGGGCAGCUCAAAAAAGGAGAAAAAGAAGAAAGGAGGGAAGAAUGAAGAAAAAAGGAAAAGGAAGUCAGCUGGUGGAAGGGAAAAAGAGAAGGAGCGAGCUACAGGCAAUGACAGCUUCAAGAGUCGAGAGUUCAUAUCCAGUGAGGAGAGCUCAUCAGAGUCAGACAAAGGCAAGGGACGGAAGCACAAGGGGUCUGAUGAUGAAGAGGAAGUGGUCAGCACACCACCUAGCUCUGAAGAGUCUGGCUCAGACUAAAAGACACUAAUGACAGACACAUUAAAUGGGGAAUGGAAGAAAACACCAUUUCCCUUUCAUCAUUAUAGUGUACAUGACCGGGUGAAGUCCUGAUACAGUACAUAUUACGGCAAAACAUUAAGUAUUGUUUCAAGUUUUCAAGACUAUCAUAAACUAUUUUGUAUAUACCUUUGGUAGUGUUGACAUUAAUGGAAUAGUUCACCCAGAAAUUAAAAUUAUGUCAUUAUUUACUUACUAUCCUGUACGUAAGAUGUACUCUAUAUUUUGCACCUUAGCUCUCCUUGGCUCAUUCACGAAAGCAGUAGAGAUGUCUUUUUCAUCAACAAAUCAUUCUUUUGAGCUAUCUUUUCAGUGAAUCAGCUAAUCCAAUGCACCAAAUAGAUAAAUAGUUUUUAUACUUCUGGUUGCUUUUUCAUUCUUUUCUGAAGGUUUUAUGCUUCAUCCCCUAUUCAUUCAAAUUGCUUUGAAAAGAGAUUUGGAACAAAACAUGGGUGACCUAUUUUUUUAAAAAAGUGUUGUGUUGUCCAGUCCAUGUUCAGAUCCCAGCUUGUACAGAGAUAUUUUACAGUGAAGCUUUCCAAACACAACAGAAACUGUAUCUUUAACAGCUAUUAAACUUACUCUAUAUGUAUUUGCAUUUGAAUAACAAGUUAUGAAAAUAAUUGCUUAAAUGUAAAACUUUUUUUUUUACAUUUGUAUUCAUCCUGUAUUCAUAAUUUUUUAGUUUGAUCUGAGCUCACCAUUUAUUUUAUACAGUAUUUUCACACACAUUACUAAUUGUACACGUUUACUGUAACAAAAAA